CAGUUGGUCUGUUGAUGACCUAACUGGCGGCAACGAAAACACCCGUUGUGUUCCUGGAGGUAUAUGCGUUCUGCGGGUGUGAGUUUCUGGAGGCGGCGGGGUGGAGAGGAAGAAGGCGGUCGAGAGGCACGAUCUUGGCGUUCCAUCCGUAUAAGGUGGGCGGUCUGGAGGUCCUCGAUGGUGAAUUGGGAGGGGUCGAGAGGCAGUGUCGAAGUCGUCAUCGGAGGUGGGUUGAGUGGUGUUGUUAUGGAAAAAGAGGGGGCAGGAGGGAGCGGGCGCGGACUGGUGAUGGGGGUGGAGGAGUCGAUCGUGGUGAAGCAUGCGAGAGAGGAGGUCAGCAAGGGGCAUGUCGGGUUCGUGGGCGAGGGCGGUGGCAAGAUCUUUGUGGCAUACUCGCUUGAUGCGGGAGAUGAACGCAAAGUCGGGAAUGACGGUGGUGAGGUGAUGGCGGAGGGAGCGGAUGUAUUGGACGAAGCGGUCUGUGGGACCGGUUUGGCGGAGGUGGCAGAAUUGUUUGAGGUAGCCGUCAAUGGUUUUCUGGGGGCGGAAGGUGGCAGCAAGAAGUUUGGCCCAUUGGAGGAAGGAGUGACGUGGUCCUCCAGAGGCUCGUCGGUUGCUGAUUUCAGCCAUCCACCAUUUGGAGGCAUUGCAGAGGAGGAGGGAGGUGGCAAUGGGCAGCCAGUGGGCAAGGGGCAUGUGGUGGAGGUGAAAAGAGUUCUGGAGCUGGGUUAGGAAGAGGAAAACGUCCUCGUGGGGGAGGCCGGAGAAGGACAUGAUUUCGCCGGAUCGGAAGGAACAGGGGAUUUCCCCGUCGC